CGGCGGCGCUUUUCCUCCUCCUCCUCCCGACCGGCGACGUCUGCCUCUCUCCUAUCCUAUCCCCCCCUACGUGAGGAACGUACAGAGCAGAGCAGAGCAAAAAGGACGGCCGGGCGUCUAGUAGUUUUCGAUACUCGGGGACGCACACACAUCCAUUGACAACUGCGGGUCCGCACACCAUUUUUCUCUCUCUCUCCACCUAAGGCAGAAGAAGAAAUUUCUACCAACUACUCCCAUCACAAUUCAACAAGAAAUUCAAUCAGCACAACUCAAGAUCGAACAAUUUUUUCCGAAAUUUUUCAACAUUUUUUUUGGGGUGGGGAACUCGAUUUGUAAAAUUUCAAAAAAUUUCCCGGCCAAUGUGAAUCGCCGACAUUGGUCCACCAACGACACUCGUCUCCAGCCACUUACAACUAGUCGGGGGUUCGUGUGUUUCCGUGUGGUCAUUCGUUUGGCGUCGAGUUCUCUUUUGACCUCGCAUUUUGGCCAGCUAUGUCUACUACCUGCUGGUCGUUGUUGGCCAGUCAUUCGCUCUUGUCAGUGUCUUGUUGAGAGUGCCGUUGCAUCAUCGCCAGUCGGAACGGAGACAAGGGAAACGGGAGCCAAUUUUUUUUCCCAAUUGUGUGUCUGUGUGUGUGCGUCACCACACGUCGCGGGACUAUUUGAAAACAAAAAGGAAGCGCUAACAAUCGGGUUGAAACAAACCAAAAAACCCAAAAACCAAAAAAGUCUCUUUUUUUGCUUUCUUUUUGACUCCCCCCUCCUCGUAUACGCCAGUGCGUGUUUGUGAGUGUGUGUGAGAGUGUGCAUCAGUGUGCCUGUGUGCCUGUGUGUGUGAGUGUGAGAGUGUUGGCGUCCGGUUGAGAGUGUGUAAACGUUGGGCAGUGGUGGCGAAACGGCGAUCGCGGAUGUCGAGGACAGCCAGCCAGUCUCGCCAGCGGUGAUAUAUAUACAGCACAAAGUCAGCUGUCGACACUACUGCUGCUGCUGACGACGUCAUCGUCCUCCUCCUUGCGGUAAAAGAAGAAGAAGAAGCGAAUCUUUUUGGCCACCGCCCGUACCCCCCGUACCCAGAGAUCCAACGACGAGUACGAGUACCAACUGAAUUACAACAACCCACAACCGUCGGUUGUAAUCAACACACCCCCAACGAGUCCAGCCAAGGCACACAGCACAGCAGCCACAUUGUCUCGCCUGAAGGAUUGGAGCUUACCGAAAAUGGGUUGCGCCAUGUCGGCUGAGGAGAGGGCGGCCGUUGCCCGUUCCAAACUCAUCGAAAAGAACCUCAAAGAAGAUGGCAUCCAAGCGGCCAAAGAUAUCAAACUCUUGCUACUCGGUGCUGGCGAGUCUGGUAAAAGUACCAUCGUCAAACAGAUGAAAAUCAUUCACGAGAGCGGCUUCACAUCGGACGAUUUCAAACAAUAUCGACCGGUGGUCUACAGCAACACCAUUCAGUCGCUGGUGGCCAUCCUGAGAGCCAUGCCCAAUCUGGGCAUCUCCUUCGUCAACAACGAGAGAGAGCCCGACGCCAAGAUGGUGAUGGACGUCAUCUCGCGCAUGGAGGACACCGAGCCCUUCUCCGAAGAACUGCUGGCAGCCAUGAAACGACUGUGGAUCGAUUCCGGAGUCCAAGAAUGCUUCGGUCGAUCUAAUGAAUACCAACUCAACGAUUCCGCUAAAUACUUUUUAGACGAUUUGGAUCGAUUGGGAGCCAAGGAUUACCAGCCGACUGAACAGGAUAUUCUGCGAACGCGAGUCAAAACUACCGGCAUCGUCGAAGUCCACUUUUCAUUCAAAAACCUCAAUUUCAAAUUGUUCGACGUCGGAGGGCAGCGCUCCGAGCGGAAGAAGUGGAUCCAUUGCUUCGAGGACGUGACGGCCAUCAUCUUUUGCGUGGCCAUGUCCGAGUACGAUCAAGUGCUACAUGAAGACGAGACCACCAACCGAAUGCAAGAGAGUUUGAAACUGUUUGACUCGAUUUGCAACAACAAAUGGUUCACGGACACGUCCAUCAUCCUCUUCCUCAACAAAAAGGAUCUCUUUGAAGAGAAAAUCAAAAAAUCUCCUCUGACCAUCUGCUUCCCAGAGUACACAGGUGCGCAAGAGUACGGCGAAGCGGCGGCCUACAUCCAGGCCCAGUUCGAAGCCAAGAACAAAUCAACGACCAAGGAGAUCUACUGCCACAUGACGUGCGCCACGGACACGACCAACAUCCAGUUCGUGUUCGACGCCGUCACCGACGUCAUCAUCGCCAACAAUCUACGAGGAUGCGGCCUCUACUGAGCUCUGCCAGCCCCCCAAACUUUAUACAUUGAACUUUUUAAAAAAUUCAUCAUCCACUUUUAUUCCCCCCCUUUGAUUUUGUAUUCUUCACUUUGGGUUCAAAUUCGAAGAUAUUUCGUUUUUCUCUCUCUCUUGAUUUUGGGGUGGGAUUAACAAUUGUGUGGGGAAAUUUCCCUGCGACUCGUCCAGCCCCACCUCUUUUUGCUCCCGGCCGGAACAGAAAAAACCCACAAAAAACGGAAACAGGAAAAUCGCGCGCACACACCGAAAUGACGUCAUCGCACAGUAAAAUAAUCCCAGACUAAAAAAAAAAAAUAUUGAACCGUUUUCUUACCAAAAGCGCCACAAGAAAAGAGCAGCUCAUCUCUCCCGACUCUUGUCGACUGUCAUAUUUUUUCGGUUUCUAAAUUAUUCCUUUCUGCCUGUUGUUUGCUUCUUCUUCUUCUCUCUCUCUCUCUCUCUCUUGCCCACUCAUAAAACACUCCCGCGGUCGGAAGGGAAAAAAUCUUGCUUCCUUGUCUGAACCGGAUGUCGUCGGCUCACGUCGUUUACGUCAAUCGCGUCAUCAUCAGACCCAACUGUUCUCCCUGUCUCAAAAAAGCGCACGCUAGUCAAUGCCCCACCCACUGCCCCGACAGCCUCUUUCUCUCUCUCCACAUAUAAAAGAAGAGAUGAAAGUCGACGACAGCCGCUCCCGCACACGAGGAGAAUUGCACAAAAGAGAGAGAAUUCGGGAAGAUGAAUCGAUUUAGCGGGCGGGGAAACUUAUUAUUAUGAUUAUGUAAAAGACGAAAUAACUCUCCCACAAUGUCGAGAGGCCAGCAGCCAAGUCCAGUCUCCCCUGUCAAAAUAAGAGGAAGCAAAGAAAAUGCGCGCGUGCUGUGUGUGUGUGUGUACAGGAGAUGACAUUCCAAUCUUUGAUUUCAAAGCUCUAUUUGAUUUCUCUCCGCACGCUUUUUUGCAAAUUUCUUUUGUUAUCUCGUCGUGUCCCUUUUUUUUUAAAUUUUCGAACGCACCGGCGUCACCGAGACGAGAGAGACUGAACGAAACCGACGGAGGAGGGGAAAAGACGGAAGGAAGAACAAAUUGAAUUCGUUUACCUUUUGAUAUUUGGAGAGAGUCGUCGUUUUGCUGUGCCAUUUUCUAAAAAAAAGAAAAAAAGAAUGUCGACAUCAAAAGAAAUCCAAAAUGUCAAAGAGAAUUCGAGAGAGAGAGAGAAAUUAGCUCGAACAAAUAACUAGAAAGAAAAGACUCACGGUGCAAUUUAAAUUUGUUUUAUGUAUCGACGUUCUUUUGAUCUAUUGAACAAAAAAGCGUCGCCGUAGCGCAAUUUGAAAAUGUCGUUUUUACUUUGAUCGGCUGAAAAAGUUUGUUUUUCAAAUUUUCCCCUCGGGGGGACCGAUACGUCAUCAACUUUUUCCCUAUCGAAUCGGUCGGUCUCUCUCUCUCUCUCGACGUCGUUAAAUGUCGAUCAUAAUGGCAAAACCUUUUUUGGGGUUUCUGGAACGGGCAUUUGUUUGAUUGGUUCUAGUCAAUUUCAGUGGCAUCACGUCGGCAUCAACUAACCCUAGGGAGGAUUUAAGAAACAAAAAAGGGCAAUUGAAUAUUUCGAGACGUGCGUAACAAAAAGGAAUGUGAAACUUUAUUCUUUUUUUCUUACCGCGGACAUGACCAAUGAGGAUUGUCACGUCCGUUUCUGUAUAAUCAUCCAUCGUCUCUUCUAUUGCUCGCCGUUUUUCCUCAUCGUCGUUAUUGUGUCCAUCAAAGUCGCUGUAAAACAACUUGCCUCUCUCUCUUUCACCUUGUUUUCUUUUCUUUCUUAGCUGGACGUUACAGCACACGCUGCACUUAUUUGAUUUCUUGUGUGUGUGUCUCUCGUUUGCCAAUUUGUCCAACAUUUUCGUUCAAUUUGUUUGUUUGUUUCCUUGGUCGUUUGCGCGCAAAACGUGGCUCUUUUGUUUCCUCUCAUUUCCUUUUUUCUUUCAAGAGCGGGAUACUAGAAAAAAAAAUAAGAAAUGACUAAAUAGAUUUGGCAAGGGUCCAAACCUCUCCCAGAGUGAGAGAGAGAGAGAGACAACAAACAAAAAUAAUUUACACAGAAAAACCAGCGGAUAUAUAACUAUAAUGUUGCUGCUGCUGCCAUCCCGACACACACUUUGUUAUUUCAUUUUUGUUUUACCCUCCUGUCUCUCCUUCCUGUUUCUGUUUUUUUUUUUAAUAGUUAGAAAAAAGCUAAACACCCGGGCUAAUCUAAUAUCCUUCUUGGGCGGAAAACGGGGAAUUUCUCGAAUGAAUUAGAUUUUACCUUUUUUAUUUAAUUUUCUUUUGGUUUUUUGUUGUUCGCUCGCUCUCCAGCACGCUCGUAUAUUUGUUCUUUAUAUAUGUGGAUUCCAUCGUUCCAUCCGAUACAAUCAAUAUGUUUAGAUUUGAGAAAAAGAAGAUGGGCGAAACGAGAAAUUUUUUCUUUUUUUUUUAAUUUUUCUGCUGGGCUUGGGGGAAAGAAAAAUUCUGUUUAAUAACAAGAGCGAAAAGAGAAAAAACAUUCAGAGCUUUUGAUUUUUAAAAUGACAUGAAAAAAAAAACAAGCUUUGAUUAGACGAGAGACACCUUCACUUUCGAUACCCAAAACCGUCGUGCGUGUGUGUGUGUGUUUGUUAUUAUACUCUAUUAUAAUCCCCAAUGAUGUUCUUCUCCUUUCUUCUUCUUUCUUCUCCUUCCACGGCGUUUCAACGCGCCCAAUCUACGUAGCUACUUUGAUAGCGCUUAUUAUUUGACACGAAAGAAGAAAAGAUAUAAACCGAAAAACUAAACUAAAAAAAAAACAAAAAAACAACUAAAAAAUACGCAAAAAAAACAACAAAAACAAACAAACAAAACAAUGAUCGUUAUAUACAUAAUUAUAUAUAUUUCGCCUGGCGAUGAUGCCGCUGCACCCCUCCACCACAACACCACACCUUGUUUUUUUCCCGCGCGGCUUUUCGAUUCGAACUCAAUUCCCGACCGAAACGUAAAAGAAAACAAGGCAACAACAAGCAUCCAAUCUCCAAAAUGAUAAUCUUAACCAAUUUUGAGGAAUAGAAAUUAA